AAUACAUGCAAGUUUGGUAACACUUCAGUAUACCCUUGCGUUCAAACUUACAGUCAUCUGUAUUCACCCACGAUGGCAGUCGUUCAAGGGGCUCAGACCAGCCUCUCAUUCUGGCCCAGCUUGAAAGAAGCCAUGUAUGAGCCUUUCCAAGAUCGCUACAUUCAGCAGAAUGAGUCUGCCAUUCCUACUUCCGGCCUAGACAUGACUCCGACUUCAUGGACGAACAGUCUUCGGCAGAUUCUAGUCGCAGGCGGCAUAUUGGCCAUUCCCUUUCUCUGCAACUAUUUGUUCACACUGUCAAUGUACCAUUGGGCAAAUAUGCGAAGGAAACAGGGGCAAACACCACCUGAGUACCCCGCAAUGCCCAUCAUAGGAAGCACUUUCUCGUUCUUGUGGGACAGCGCUUCCUUUGUGACGAAGGCAACAAAAUACGCCGGCAAGCUGACCUCUGUCCGUAUUUCACUGCUCAUCAAUGGCAUCUAUCUUGUCUCCGAGCCCAAGGCCAUUGCCGACAUGUGGAAAAACCCAAACCUUUCCAGCCCCAUCUACGUAUACACUGUGGGAUUGCGUUACAUUUUCGGCAUGCACGAAAGGGGUAUUGAGGCUUACACGGCUGAUGAUUCGGGGCCAUAUCGUAAGCCUCAUCCGUUUAGCAAGGUCGAGCCACACGACCGCAUCGACUUUCUCACCCACGACUCGCUGCUCCGCGGGCUGACGAGCAACUCGAUGCUACCAACAUUUGAACGCUUUCAAACCAUCCUCAAACGAAACCUUGACGCCGAAGACAUUGGCGACGAAUGGAUCGAACAACCCGAUCUCUUCGCCUUGUUCCGCAACACUGUCGGCAAAGCGGUCCUCGAAUCCCUCUUCGGACCCUCCCUUCUCGCCAUCAACCCAAACUUCAUCCAAGACCUCUGGGAAUUCGACGAGCAAGUCGUCAACCUCGCCAAGCGCUUCCCCCGCUUCCUCAUCCCCAGUGCCUUCCGUGUCCGCGAGCGCCUCCUCGCCCAAAUCCAAAACUGGUACAACUACGCGCGCCAGCACUUCCGCGACACCUCCGCCCAAGACACCCAAUGGGACCCCUACUGGGGCUCCGUCAUGAACCGCGAGCGCCAAAGCAUGCUCCUCAGCAUCUCGGGCCAAGACGACGCCGCCGUCGCCUCCACGGACCUCGGUCUCAUCUGGACGUCCGUCACCAACGUCGUGCCCUCGACCAUGCUAACUGCCUUCCACAUCUUCUCCGACGCGGACCUCCUCUCGCGGAUCCGCACCAGCAUCUCCGACUCUGUCUCUCACAACCCCAGCUCGGGCUUCGACGCCUCCAUGGACAAGCUCCUCCAAAAAGACCUGUUGCAAUCCGUCUACGCAGAGACCCUGCGCCUCUACGUCCAGUCCUACAUCACGCGCUGUUCUGCGCAUGAAUGUGCGACGGUGGGCGACUGGACGCUGCCCCGCAAUGAGGUCAGCAUGGUAAGCUCGUACGUUGCGCACAUGAAUACCUCGCUGUGGAAUGAGCAAGAUGGACGCCAUCCUGUCACUUCUUUCUGGGCAGACCGCUUCAUGCUUGACCCUGCCGACCCUUCCUCGGGUCCUAUGGACCCAGCUACCCCCGAAGCCCGCGACAUCCGCGCUAAACUUGCCACAAAGGAAAAACACUUUUCCGCAAAGGGGCUCGCGGGUGCGUGGAUACCGUAUGGUGGGGGGUUCAGCGCUUGUCCGGGGAGAUUGUUGGCCAAGAGGAUCAUUCUGUAUACGUGUGCGUUGCUGGUGAGUGAGUUUGACGUCGAGGUCAAGGACAAGGGGUUUGAGAUGGAUUCGUCGUCGUUUGGGCUUGGGACGCAGAAGCCCAAAACGAAGAUUGGGUUUAGGAUUAGGAGGAAGAGGGGGGAGUAGGGGUGUUGCUUUCUUAUGAUCUUUUUUCUCUCUUUCUUGGAUUGUAUAUGUGUAUGAUAGCUUCUUCUUUCUUUUAUACAUAACUUGGGUUGAUACGAGGGAUGAGGGAAAUAGUGAAUUAGGAGUUUGGGUAGAUGCCUUCGAUAUAGGUCUUGUAGUAUGAAUCGCGGGUGCUGGUAGCCUAUUUUUAUGUUCAC